UGUAUGAUCCGAGAUUUUAAAGUUCUCUCUUGUGAUUUUGAUCAGUCUUCAACAUUAUAUUUUGUUUAAGAUAUAUUACAAAAUUUUGUUUCCAACACGAUUUUUGUAUUUUUAUUACGAUCCAAUUUUCUAAUUGUUCGAAUGUAUACGAUUUUGAUCAAAUAUUAUCGUUUGAUUUUAAUAUCGUUCAACACAUUCAAAAUCGUUCGAAACACUAGUGUGAACAGACUCGUUUUAACGCGGAUACAUUUUCUCUUUUUCCCUUUACGUACACGUUGAUUGAAAGGUCUCCAUGAUUCUUGUGUGCUCAUUGUGCAAUACUAUUGUACAUACCAUUACAAUCGUUUUUGCUAAUCUUCGUAAAAUUGUCAAGUGGUCGGAAUCUUCAAGUGUAAGAAGUACGAUUUUUUGAAAGAUUCGACAAGAAAUAACUUAACCAUAGUUGGAAUAUAAUUAUUCACACGUGUGAAAUCGUGUGAAGAUUAUGGCUACGUGGGAUGGUUCGUAUUCUGAGCCGGACGAUCAACAUUAUUAUUUAUACUCCGAUCAAAAUGUUGCCGCUUCUACAACUGGAAGCUGGACGUUUUUUCCUAACAAUGUGAGUAACGAUUAUACACGAGAAAAUCGUGAAUUUUAUGUACAAAAUGAUUCUGUGUUCCAUCAAAAUUGUCCAACAACUUUGUAUCAUACAAAUACAAAUGUGAUGUCCAACAUUGUGUCGAGUGGUAAUAGUUAUCAGGAAGAUUUAAGAAAUACCAUCGAUAACACGCAGACACCAACUAAUGUACAACAUUUACCAAAAAAUGUUACGCCACAAAAUUACUUUGUACCCACCGCUGAUUAUUGGAGAAACGAUUAUGAUGCGAAUGUACCUAAGAUUAAACAGAGUUACGCAGAAGAUAUGAAACAAGUUGCAACUACCGUGACAAGAGACUCAAACUUACAUGCCACAGCUCGAGAGUUUGUGCCAAAUCUAAAUGCCAAAUCUGCCAAUAAAAAAUUUGAAUCCCAAAAUAUGGGAGUUCCUUGUUCUAUCAACCGUAUCGAUUCUUAUACCAAAGAUACGAAGCUUACGGAAGAAGAAAUAAUGAUUAACAAACAUUCUGUUGACGAUGCAAAUAAAUAUGAGCAGAAACAAUAUGAAAACAAAAGGAAUUACAAGAUCAAAGAAGGACAACAAGAUCAAUCUUAUAAAAGAAAUAGAUAUACCAACUCUUAUCAUCAGAGAGGCAGAAGUUCUUACAAGUUUCAAGGUAAUAAAUAUUAUACUAAUAAGCAUUACUCUGACAAAUUGCAAACGAACAUACAAGAUACACCAAAUUUAGACAAGGAAGAACCAUGUUCCAGUAUAGAUACGAAUCUGCAUAAAAAUAAAAAAUUACCAAUUGAAAACAGAAAUAAAAGGAACGCUACUACCAAAGACAAUAAUGCGCAGUCGAAUGGCAUUAAACAAUCUAAUAAUGAGGACAAAGAAUUUAUGUACGCUAAUAUAGGAUCGAAACAAUUGAACGCGUACCAUAAGAACAUAAGGAAAUAUCCAUAUAAUGCUAGACAUAGUAGGGAGGAAUACGGUUAUAGAGAAAGAAGACAUAAUUAUCAAGGGCAGAACGAAACUUGGCAAGUUUGUAGUUCAGAAGAUAAGCAUCUGGAUAGGAACGGACAAAUAUGCAUUUACAAAGAUCCUAACGACACUAAUCAAGAUAUUAGCGAGGAAACUAAUAAAAUUGGAAUAAAGGAAACAAAAGAAAAAGGAUAUAGUUAUCAAGGACGUAAUGGAUUGAAAGAACACAGAAAAGGUGAUAAAACUGAGACAUUCAAAGAAAGGGAUAGAAAUAAAAAUAAUAUAUUUGAUAAUAAAGAAAAGGGAAAUGAAAAUUGGAGAAAUAAAGCAGAAAUUACUGAAAAGGGCUGUUUUCAAAAACGAAUACAAAAUAGAAGACCUCUACUUGACGAUGAUGCGAGUCAAAAAGAAAGAUUGACCGAUCAAUUGAACAGAGGACAAUUAGAAUGUUUAGUGUGUUGCGAGUGUAUUAGGCAGAACGAUUAUAUUUGGUCGUGUUCUAAUUGCUAUCAUGUUUUACAUCUGAAAUGUGUCAAAAAGUGGGCAAAAUCUUCGCAAGCGGAGAAUGGUUGGAGAUGUCCAGCAUGUCAAAACGUAAGUAUAACAAUACCUGACGAGUAUUUCUGCUUCUGUGGUAAGACAAGAGCCCCGGAAUGGAAUCGUAGAGAUAUUGCACAUUCUUGCGGAGAAGUUUGCGGUAGGACAUUAUCAAAAAAUACUUGUCCUCACAAAUGUACCCUUCUCUGUCAUCCUGGAUCUUGUCCACAAUGCAUAGCAAUGGUAACAAGGUACUGUGGCUGUGGUAAAACAUCGCAAACGGUACAAUGUAGCUCGCACAAGUUAUUGUCGUGCGAUGCUACAUGCGAUAAGGAUUUAAGUUGUGGUACGCAUAAAUGCGGAAGAAAGUGCCAUCACGGCGAAUGUCCAAAUUGUGAGAAGACAGUUGAACAAGAAUGUUAUUGUGGUAAAGACAAAAGAACAAUUAUUUGUCAAAGUAAUAUUUCGCUUACAUACUCUUGCGAAAGUGUUUGCGGUAAAUUAUUAGACUGCGGUAAUCACACGUGCACAAAGCUAUGUCAUCCAGAUGCUUGCGAGCCAUGUAGUCUGACCCCGGAGAAAGUGACAACCUGUUGCUGUGGACAAACACUGCUGACAGACAAAAGACAAACUUGUUUAGAUCCAAUUCCGAUUUGCGACAAAGUAUGCUCGAAAAAUCUAAAAUGUGGUCAACCGAACAAUCCUCAUGUAUGCAAAGCAAAAUGUCAUAAAGGAGAUUGUCCUGUUUGUGAUUUAACUACAGACGUUAAAUGUCGUUGCGGAAACAUGGAUAGAGAAGUAGCUUGUAAAGAUUUAAUAUCGAAAGCUGACGAUGCUCGAUGUGAAAAAAGAUGUACAAAAAAAAGAUCUUGUGGCAAGCAUAAAUGCAAUCAGUUGUGCUGCAUAGAAGUAGAACAUGUUUGUCCGUUAAUGUGUUCUAAAACUUUGAGCUGUGGUAAACACAAAUGUGAACAAACUUGUCAUAAAGGAAGGUGUCAACCUUGUUGGCGUAGUAGCUUCGAUGAAUUGUAUUGCGAGUGUGGAGCUGCUGUGAUAUAUCCUCCAGUUCCCUGCGGUACCAGGAGACCUGUUUGCGACAGGCCUUGUUCUCGUCAGCAUUCCUGCGGACACGAAGUGUUUCACAAUUGUCAUAACGAGCCUACAUGUCCUCUGUGCACUGUUCUUACUCAAAGGUGGUGUCACGGCAAACACGAGCUACGUAAAGCUGUACCGUGUUACGUUAAUGAAAUUUCAUGCGGUUUACCAUGUAAUAAGCCUAUUUCUUGCGGUCGACACAAAUGUCUCGCUAUUUGCCAUCCUGGGCCGUGCGAGAAACCUAGACAACAGUGUUCUCAACCGUGUACCAUUCCAAGAGAAAUGUGUGGACACAUUUGUGCCGCUCCAUGCCACGAUGGUAAAUGUCUAGAUACGCCGUGCAAAGAAAUGGUGAAGGUAACAUGCCAAUGCGGACAUAGAACUACUUCUCGUGCUUGUGCAGAUAAUUCGAAAGAAUAUCAAAGAAUAGCGAGUAACAUAUUGGCUAGUAAAAUGGCUGAUAUGCAGCUAGGUCAUUCGGUUGAUUUGGAAGAGGUUUUUGGUCAGGGAGCGAAAAAACAGAAUCAAUUGAAAACAUUAGAAUGUAACGACGAAUGUAGAUUGAUAGAACGAAAUCGUAGAUUAGCAUUAGGUUUGCAAAUAGUAAACCCAGAUUUGAGUGGAAAAUUAAUGCCACGAUACAGUGAUUUUAUGAAACAAUGGGCUAAGAAAGAUCCACUCUUUUGUCAAAUGGUUCAUGAAAAGUUAACCGAAUUGGUUCACUUAGCAAAAACUUCGAAACAGAAAUCCCGUAGCUAUUCGUUUGAUAGUAUGAAUAAAGAUAGACGUCAUUUCAUUCACGAGUCCUGCGAGCAUUUUGGUUGUGAAAGUCAAGCAUAUGAUCAGGAGCCUAAAAGAAAUGUUGUUGCUACUGCUGUAAAAGAUAAGUGUUGGUUACCAAGCUACAGUUUAUUGGAAAUCGUGCAACGAGAAAACGGUCAAAGAAAAGUUCCUGGUCCAAUGUUGAAUACUUCAAGAUCCGAUGGAUCUGUAAAAACGAUAUUAUCACUGCCCACAAAAAAGAACCAAAAAAUGGAGAUGCAGUCGAAUACAAAAAUGCCAGAGCCAGAACCAGAAAUAGAUUACUUUGACUACAAAGGCUAAUAUUGUUAUUGUACAUACAUAUAUCAUGUACAGUGUAAUACGAAUGAUACAGUUAGUAACACGAUCUGGAGAAAUUAGUGUUGCUAGGUAUAAUUAAUUAUUAUCUGUUCUUCGAAAGAAUAUAUCUCGAGCGAUAAUAGCUGCCGAUCCUACUCCUAUUAUUUAAGAUUAGCAACACAGGAGUACAGUUACACAGCCAACUAUUAUGACUUCAGCUAUAUUUUUUCGAAAAACAAACCAUAAUCGUUUCAGUAUAUUCUUAUUUGUAAAGCGUCAACACUUGUAAUACAAUAUACGUGUAAGUUGUUAAAACUAUAUUUGAAAUAUCGAUGUACUGAAAUUGAAAAAAUUAGAUAAUAACGAGAAUAAAAUUAUUAAAAUGUA